UAACGAGGAGUGCAUGGAAUCCAUGUCAUCUAUUGUUAGUUAAACAUGCUUCGGUUUUACUUGUGUUUUGCAAUAACCUAAUAGACCAUAGUGUCAUUUUAGAGCUAACCAUUAAAUUAGUUCAGCUUUUUUGUUGUUUUGCUCGUAAGGCUCGAGGAUAUUAGUACUCUGUGUUAACUGUGGUUUCGAGGAGUAUGACCUUCAUCAAACAAGACAAGAAGACAAGACAACAACGAUGCUCCUAAAGUUUAGACAUUUUGCGGGCAUUCCUUCACUGUUAUUGUACGUUUAAAAAUUGAACCUGCUUUUUCGCGAACACCGUGUCUCUAAAUAAGAAGGCAGUGGGAGAUUACCAAAGACAUCCCCACAUUCAUUGGCGGGGUGCUUUGUGAGUGCGUGGGUUUAUUCUCAUUCAUUCUUUUUACCCUUCAUUCAUGGACAAGCUAAGCUCUUUUUAACGCAGUCACGCUCUUUAAAGUUUAAACUCCUCGAGGGAAGUGUAAGCGGACUGCACGCCGUGCUGUUACUUUAAAUCAGUCAUGUGUAAAUGAAUAUUUGGAGUUUGCCGUAAUUUGAGGAACAGUAAGCAUUCAACGUCCGUUUCCUUCACCGGUUCAGUAACGCUGUAACCCUGACUGAUAAUCACAGGAUUCCUGCGCGUCUCCGUUUCCCGGCGUCUCGGCGCGCAUCAGAGAAAACAUUGACGUCACGACGAUGAUGUUGAUCGGAAUCCGAACGGCGACUCUAGUGCGCGUGAAGCGGCUUCUGUGAACAUUAGUGUGUUGAUGCCGUAAUAACAAGUGUUCAAUUUACGCGCCAAUUCCAGGAACACUCAAGGAGCAAGAGGAAAAAGCAAACCUGUGAGAUGGUACAAUAAAUGUUACUGUGAUGGAUUUAGCUAAAAUGGGUAUGAUUCACCUCCAAAACCCCGUCCACCCCACCUCGCUCCUGCAGAAGGCCAACCAGAUGAGGCUCUCGGGGACGUUGUGUGAUGUGGUUAUCAUGGUCGACAGCCAGGAGUUCCGCGCCCACAGAACCGUGCUUGCAUGUGCAAGUAAGAUGUUUGAGAUCCUGUUCCACCGCAACAGCCAACAUUACACUCUGGACUUCCUCUCACCAAAGACCUUCCAGCAGAUUCUGGAGUACGCUUAUACCGCCACGCUCCAAGCCAAGCUGGAGGACUUAGAUGACCUUCUCUAUGCGGCAGAGAUUCUAGAGAUAGAGUACUUAGAGGAGCAAUGUCUGAAGAUCUUGGAAACUAUCCAGAUGUCUGAAGAGAACGACACAGAUGUGAAUAUGAAUGAGAACGGCGGUGAUGAUGUUGAUGACCGCAGGAUCAAGUAUCUCAAGAGCACGUUUAUCUCCAAAAAGCAUUCCGUACAGGACGGUGGCUAUGGCGCUGCCAGCCGCCUGGCUUUGGUCAGCAUGGUCGACAAAAGAUCUUCAGAAUCAGCCCAAAUGGGUCUACCGGCCGUCAGCCCGACUAAGGCCGCUGUGGAGGGCCUGAUGAGCAUGGGCCAGUCCAUGCUUGUUCAGGCCAACGCACCCCAGAGCUUUUCACAAGGUAACGGAUCUCCAUUACUAGAUAAGAUUAAAACCGAGAUGAUGCAGGUGGAUGAGGAGUUCCAACAUGAUGGAGGCUUUACUAGGAACGGGGAAGGCGGCGGUGACUCUCGGCAGCACCGGGGGACUCCUGGAACCCCUACUAGAGGCAGUGUCAUCACCAGCGCCCGUGAACUCCACUCCGCAGACGGUUCCGCAGAUUCCCAAGUAGACAGCGGGCAAGCAGGCCUGGUGAACGUGGCUAGCCUGGCCGACAGACAUUUCGCAUCUCUGUGCUCUAUGCCGUCCAACCAUAAAAGCGAUGUUAUGCUGCCCUUGCCCGUAUCCAUGGCAUCGUCAUUACAUGUGCCGUCCACUCUGGCCAUGUCGAUGGAUUUCAGUGCCUAUGGGGGGCUCUUCCAUCAGAGUUUGAUUCAGAGAGAGUUCUUGAGCAAGCUCGGGGAUUUUACAGCGAACGUGAAGCACGAGGUCCAUACCCAGAAAGAACGAUGCGAGGUAUGCGGUAUGGAGCUGCCUGAUAAUGAAACUGCCGAACAACACAGGAAGUUGCACGGCGGAAUCAAGACCUUUGGUUGCGAGAUCUGCGGAAAGCAGUUUCUGGACAGUUUGCGACUGAGGAUGCAUAUGCUGUCUCAUUCAGCUGGACCAAAAGCCCUAGUAUGUGAUCAGUGUGGAGCUCAGUUUACCACAAAAGAUGCGCUGGAAGCCCAUCGGCAAACACACACGGGCUCAGACAUGGCCGUGUUCUGUCUCCUGUGCGGGAAGCGGUUCCAGACCCAGAAGGCUUUGCAGCAGCACAUGGAGAUUCACGCUGGCAUGCGGAGCUACAUUUGCAGCGAGUGUGACCGGACCUUCCCGAGCCACACGGCCCUCAAACGCCAUCUCCGCUCCCACACCGGUGACCACCCGUUCGAGUGUGAGUUCUGCGGAUGCUGUUUCCGUGACGACAGCACGCUGAAGGGCCACAAGCGCAUCCACACCGGAGAGAAGCCUUAUGAAUGUAACGGCUGCGGCAAGAGGUUCAGCCUCAAGCACCAGCUGGAGACGCACUACCGCGUCCACACAGGUGAGAAGCCGUUUGAGUGCAAGCUGUGCCACCAGCGCUCCCGAGACUAUUCGGCUAUGAUCAAGCACCUGCGCACCCACAACGGCGCGUCUCCAUACCAGUGCACCAUCUGCCAGGAGUACUGCCCCAGCCUCUCAUCCAUGCAGAAGCACAUAAAGGGUCACAAGCCCGAGGACGUCCCGCCUGACUGGAGGAUAGAGAAGACCUAUCUGUACCUGUGCUACGUGUGAGGUGUGAUGUAGGAAAAAGGAGCGGGAUGUGGCAUGAGGUGCCCAGGGACAAUUCAUUUGAAGGUUUGGGCCAGGCCAAAGAGGGGGCGUGGUUGGAGUGAUGAAAAUAUGAUGUGGAUUUUCAGAUAUUUCGUCCGUGUUUGCAUUUAAAUGCACAUUUUUAAGGAUGUAACUGCACUCACAAAUGUUUAUGAAUGGAACUGUGAACGUGAACGUGAUAAAGAGAUGUGAAUUUCAGAGGGAAGAGUUCCACUAAAAUGAGAUCCCUUCGAAUCUUUUUUGCUGCAUUCCAGCCUGUUGAAUUCAAAGUACUACUGUGUUUUAUUCCCUUUAUGAUUCCCACAAUAGCGCACUUCUGCUCUAUUAACAAACCCUGUCGGCCUUUAAAGAAGUAUGAUUUUAAAGAAUCAUAUUGAGUCAAAUAUGUAAGUGGACCAAAGCUCAAAUUGAAGAGAUGAGCACAUUAGUGACUGAAAUGAUGGCCUUUUUUGUCAAACGCGCUCUUAAAUUCAUUAUUCGGCAUUCUGCUGCACAAUUUUCAUGACGUUCUAUGUAAAUACAGGCAUCGGAGCGAACAAACAUUGGACCCAUUAGUCAUUUUCUUUAAAGCGCGUGCUUAACUAAACAGCUUUCCUCAGAGGUACAUCCAAAUUGUGAUGCCAAGCAACUGUAGUGAAUGUUCAGGGACAUGUAUUCAACCUUAAAUAACACUGUGCACUUUCAGAUUUUUGGAAGCCCUUUUUGUUUCGCCACUCAAAGACAAAGUUUGAGUGGCGAGUCCUUGGGAUUGAGAUUUCAGUCACACCAGAAAAUCCAGUUGUCAUUGGAUUUCAUUUAAAAGCUCAUAUUACAAAAUCACAGUUGCAAUAUUACAGAUAUUCGUAGUCAAAGAAUAUAAGAAAUAUGAUUUGCAUCUAAUGAACUGUUAAUGUGAUAUUCAUUUCUUAUUCUCAGAAAGCAGUUUAUGAAUUGAAGAGAGAUUAUUUUUUUCGAUUUGAAAUUUAGAUGCAGUAUAUGUUUCUGCAGUCAGCUUGCAAUUUUCGUUUAUCUUUGUCAUCUCUGUGUUUAAACAUUUUACUUGAAUUGCCUGUAUUUGGCACCUCACAUGCUAGAUUAUUUUUGUACUUGUCUCAUUUUCCUUUGUUUGCUGCUGAGCUGUGUUUAAAGAGACAGUUCACCCAAGAAUGAAAAUUCUCUUCAUUUACUCACCCUCGAGUUGUUCCAAAUCUGUAUAAAUGUCUUUUUUUCUGAUGAACACAAAGAAAGAUAUUUGGAAGAAAAUAUCUUGGCCACCAUUGACUCCCAUAGUAGGAAAAAUGACAGUGGUAGUCAAAAGUGCCCCAGAACUGUUUGCUUUCCGACAUGCUUCAAAAUAUCUUCUUUUGUGUUCAACAGAACAAAGACAUUUAUAAAGCAACUUUUCCUACUAUGGUAGUCAAUGGUGGCCAAGACCUGUUUGGUUACAAGCAUUCUUCCAAAUAUCUUUCUCUGUGUUUACCAGAACAAAGAAAUUCAUACAGAUUUGGAACAACUCGAGUGUGAGUAAAUAAUGACAGAAUUUUCAUUUUUGGGUGAACUGUUUCUUUGAGAGCGGGAAUUGUUCCGAAAGGAUUUCAUGAGAAUAUGAAUAUCUGGUGGUGUUAUUGAAUCUUAGUACUAGUCUGAAACUCUUGCACUAACUAGUGUGCACGUCUGCCUUCUCGGCUGUUUGUUUCAGGGCUACCUCUACACUGUUCUCGGUUUUGCACUAAAACAAAAGCACACUUUUGUUUUGCUUGUAACUAGCAUUUUCAUUUCUACCCACUCUCAUUUUCGCAGAAAUCUCGGUUUGUCCGUCAUUAUAUUUACACUCCUAACACACCAGACGCAGUGAAAUUAUGGACGAGUUUAGAAUAGUAUUAAGAAAAUGCUUAGUUAUUAGAUACUUGAGGAGGAUAAACUUGAAACAAUGCGAAUAGAUCUUUUUAUGUGAAAAUUGUUGAAUCAAUGCAGUACCGACGCGUGCAGUUACACGGGGAAGAAUGGCGAGAAAGAAAACAAACAAAAAAAGUGAUUUUCUGUGAAAAUAGAUCUCUCGGACAAGAGCCAAACGCGGCACUUUGAUAAGGGAAUAUGUUGUAUUUUUGUACGGGGCUGUGUGUCACCCCUGUUACGUUGUUUGUUCGAGUGAGCAGAUAUUUUUACAGUAUCUUUUGCAUCGUGCUUGUUCUUUGAUUUGAGUGGAAAAUCGUUUCUCUUGUGCUUAUUUUACGAUGUUAAACAUAUACAAGUAGUAGAUGUUUGUAAGAACAUAUUGUAGUCAUUGCUGCUGGGUGUCAUAAUUGAUGAUGAAAAUGAUGAUAAUUCCAUGUUUUUGAGUGUUUAUUGGGUGAACUAAUGCCAACAGCUGUAGGCCUGCGACAGUUCAGCAACGUGGAGCACAACAAACUCGUACAACCGCAAAAGAUGUGUCUGUGUCUUUGUAUCGUGUGCUCUACUCACUGUAAGAUUAGAGUCACCUGUGAGAUCUGUAUGCUGGUUCUCGUGUGUGUGCAAUGUGAGUCAAUGUGGUCGACUUAUUCAGUGUUAAAUAAACGCACCUGUCAGCAGCGAAACUAAUAGGUGCUCUUACAGACGCCGUGUAAAUGAAUUGCUGCAUCUUCUGUUUGUAUUUGUGUCUUUAUGCAAGUCACCUUGAUAUGAGCAUUGCAGUCGGGGAUGCCUUCAACUUUACUUACUGUACAUAACAGCGUAAAUAUCACGUAAAGCGUAACCAUGCAUACUUUCUGCUUAUUACAGAAAUGUUAAAACCCUUAAUUCAUUUUAAAAUGCUGCAGACAUGAUAAACAGCAUCAUGGUUUUUUUGUUUGUCACAAGCAGUAAAUCUACAGGUACACUAUUGCGUUGCAUUAAGACUUGCAUUAAGUAAAAUUGUGGCAUCCCCGCCAUAUAUAUCACGGGUUUAUUUAGCUUUUAGACAGGAAGUAGCCAUGCCGCUCUCAUAUCUGUGCCAUUGUUACACAAACUAACACAUGGACUGAGGAUCCACGCGGGACCAAACGGCCAUUUUCGCUCUGUCUGCCUUGUUCCUGUAACAAGGCCGUGUUCUGGGUGUCGAAAUGGUUUUGCAUUCAUUGUAUUUUACUUUUUUGUAUUGUCUACCUCAGCACCAGUUCUUUGUGUAACUUUUCAAAGGUGCCCGAUUAUUGUUACUUUGUUUUGUGUAUAGAUUUUGUAUUAUAGCCUUGUAGGGUUUUCUGUUCUUUAUUUCCGCAUAGAGAUGAUGUUCGAAGCACUGUGUGGUGAUUUUGAUGCUGCAAAUAGAGGUGUAGAUUUCUUUCUCUUCUCUGUGGGUUCAGACACAUCUCUGUAUACGUCAGUGUUCUAAAAUAAACUUGCAGAAGAAACGUAAAGAA